ACAAUAAGAAGAAAACUAAGCUUUCAUAAUUCUGUGACAUAAAAUAGUCGAGACUGUCAAAGUGCAUUCAUUUUCCUUUCUCUAUGUUACAGUGUGCUUUAACGUGGAUUGGUAUUGAAAUUUAAUUUCUAAAAUGCCGUCGGUUACUUUGAAGGACGUUGAUCAACACGCAUUUGUUAAGGCUUUCGCCGCAUUUUUGAAAAAGACUGGAAAACUGAGGGUACCAGAAUGGGUAGACAUUGUAAAGACCUCAAAAUCCAAGGAAUUGGCUCCUUAUGACAGUGACUGGUACUACACCAGAUGUGCAUCAAUUGCACGUCACAUCUACAUCAGAAGCCCCGUGGGUGUAGGCACCGUUACCAAAAUCUAUGGUGACAGGAAACGUAAUGGUACCAAACCUUCCCAUUUCUGCCGCUCUGCCAAGGGAAUUGCCAGGAAAGCUCUUCAGAGUUUAGAAGCCUUGAAAAUCAUUGAAAAUGCUCCUGAAGGUGGUAGGAAAAUAUCUCAACAAGGCAGGAGAGAUUUAGACAGAAUUGCUGCCCAAGUGAAGGCCUCCGAGAGGAAAGCACUCAGGGCACAAGUCCUUACUUUGUAAUAAAAUCGUUUUAAUAAUUAAAAUAUAAAAAAUAA